AAAGCAGUUCAGACUGCUCCAUUUCCCUGAUUCCAUGAUUAAUUUAUUGGAUGUUACAAAAUCGGUUUUGAUUGGGACAUAGUAGAUUGGGAGAAGCCGAAAAUACUUUCGGCGUGAUAAAAGUUCAGACACCCUGUGGUAUUUUCAAAAUGGCAGACGUGAAUGUUGCAGCUAUCGAACUCUGCAAAGAAGACGAACUAAAUGAGAAAGAGAAUUUUGGAUCGCUACUACCGUGUAGAAAGCUGUCUCCACUUGAGCCGUUCAUCAAAUUAGAGGAGUAUUUUAUGCUGGAAAGAGACCGCGGAAAAUAUCUUCUCUAUAUGGCUGCUAUCGAUAGUGCUGUCCAUCAAAUCCUUGCAUCGCGUCCAAACACCAGAUCCUCCGUGGUUAAAUGCCUGGUGCUCGGCCCAGGACUUGGGAGACUCAUAGCGUUUUGUCUGGAUGCCUGCAAACAGCAAGGUGCUAAUGCUGUUGUUCAUGUUCUGGAAGCAAACCCAUUAGCUGUAGAGUUUCUACGUAAACAGUUUGGGGAUUUACUUGGCAAGACUGUUUAUAUUUAUGAUCCAUUCAUCUUCCAUCCUGAUCUGUCAGUCAAAGACCUUCCAGAGCCAUUUCAUGCAUUGUACAGAUCAUUUGACAUCAUCACAUCAGAGUUGCUUGGUUGUUUUGGUGAUGAUGAAUUUCUACCUGAGCUGACUGCAAGCCUCUACAACUUAUUUCUGCAUCCAACAAAAGGGAUUCCCAUUCCACAGUCAUGGUCUACCUAUGUUGUGCCAAUCACUAGUGCCUUGACCAUAGACCACCUUAAAAACCACAAGAAGUCGCUCAGUGCAGGGUACACUAUGGGUGUUCCUGAGGACUGCCUGUUUGUGUCUAAUGCUAAACUGGCAUGGGAUGGAGACUGCAGAAAAGCUGAGGAUGUUUAUCAAACCGAGCUGGAAUUCAAAUGUGCUGUGUCAACAGAUUAUAAUAAUAAUGAUGAGGAAAACGAUGACGAUGGUAACGAUUCUGAUGAUGAUGAGAGAAAUGAUGUAGAUAAUGAAGAAUGCUUUGUUGCUGAGAUAUGCAAAGAUAAAAGUAUGCAAGACGUAAGUGGAUGCAUAGUGAAUAAUUCCCCAAAUGUAAAAGGGAACAAACAACUACUCCACCUACCCCCUACAAAAACUGCUCCCACAGAACUCGCCAAAGAACAUGUCAAAGAAAAUCUGAACAAUUCUAGCACUUUGAUGAGAAAACAAUCAUCCAAGAUAUACAUUCAUGGAAUGUUGGGCUUCUUUACUGCAGUUCUUUUCCCUGAUAUUAUCAUUGACACACGGUCAACUAAUAUACACCAGAGAAACUGUUUUCACUGGGAGUCUUUUUUCUUCCCUUUUCUCAACCCGAUUUCACUUGACUCCAAGGGAACAAAGAAAUUAUUAUUUUCUUUGAAACGUAAAUUGGAGAGGGUGCGAGACAGAGAAGAUAAAUUAAUCAAAUUAAAACUCUGGUACGAGUGGCAGGCUUAUUCAGAGGAUUUCCAAGAAAAAAGUUCAAAGAAUAAAUGUGCAAGAAAAGAUGCUUAUAACCUGGGUACUCGGUGUAUUUAUAACAAAGAUGGUGAAACUGAUGCUGUGUAUUUGAACUGCAAAUAGCAAGAUGCCAGCAUACACCAGCCAACUAUAUUACAACCGAUGAGUUAUGCCCUGUAUUACCCAUGGACAUGUCUCGAAGCCAAACGGGGUUUCGAAUCUACGGAGGCAAUUUCCAUAUCCAUCCUGAAGAUACAAGAAGAGCACACAUAGUAUCAAGAAUCCGAGGAAUUGCGACAAGAUCAUACAUAGAAGCUACAAUCCAAGAAAUAGCGACUAGAACACACUUAGAGAAUCUACAAUACAAGAAAUAGCGACAAGAACACACUUAGAGAAUCUACAAUGAAAUAGCGACAAGAACACACUUAGAGCCUACCAUCCAAGAAAUAGCGACAAAUAAAGCGCACCCAAAAGAAAAAAAACUGGCGCUGCAGUUCAAUAAGAGUUCCUAAAGUGAAUUUCUUUUAAGAGAGGAGUUCAUAAAUCUUAUUUGUGACGAUUGCUUCUUACCGGCCAUGAGUGCAAGCAGCCUUUAAUCUGAUCUUUUAGACUUUCACAAUGAACAUACUACCGUGGUUAACAAUAUUUUCUGCUUAAAUACAGCGACAAAAAUACGUAAAACGCCCAGUGGAUUACUUCUUCCAGUCAUUAUUUUUAGAUUAUACAUCGUUAAUUUGUAGCUACUUACAUUAACACAUUUCUCUACAAAGAGUGUUUCGAAUGCUUCAAAAAGUUUACGGUUUUCUUUGCCUUUUCUCGUCCAGAUUUAAGUGGACACCUUUUCUCGCGCGCUUUGAGUCGUGAGAUUGCGUGUAUGAUAUUUAGUAAGUAAAUCCCUUCUGGCUGGGUAUCGGCGGAUAAUGUCCAA